AUGUCCGCCGCUAGGAUGUCGUCCUCGUCUCUGCGUCUCACAACAUUGGCUCGUGCCCCACGCCGCUCGCUUGGGCAGGUCCGGUUGGCGCAUGCAGAGCAUGGGACCCAUCAGCACCUGCCGUUCACCUACAAGAACAAGAAAGCCUUCGCAGCGAAAUACUUCGCAUUCGUAUGCGUGCCAUUCUCCAUUCCGUUCAUUGCUGCCGGUUACCAACUGCGCAAGGCCGGCAGCGUUGCAUGA